CCUCCACCAAUAUCAAACACUAAUUUCCGCAGUCAAGUCAAUUCUCAAUAAACAUUUUCAUGGAGCCCACUGGUACUAUAGUCUUCACCUCCGUCGGACGACCCGAUUACGGCUUCGAUGUUUACUCCGUCCACCUGCCAUCCAACUCACUCUCCCACUGGAAUUUCACAGAGCAACGCCUCACCGACUGUGCAUCCGUCAACUUUAACGGCCAAUUUGUGGAUGAUGACAGUACCCUUGUUUUUAUCUCCGAGAGAACAGGGUCCGCCCGGAUCUUCUUGAACCGACCCGGAAACGCCGCCCCAGAACAGCUCCAUUCCCCGCCAGAAAGCCUCUUCCACGACCGCCCUUUCAUCAAGAACGGGCGUCUCUACUUCAUUUCUGCUCACCAACAGCCUGAUAAGCCUUUCAAGAGCUGGACUGCUCUUUACUCGACAGGAGGCCUCCUCGAUGUCAACAAAGCUGUUGUGCGUUUGACACCUUACGGCUCUGUCGAUUACAGCCCUGCCAUCUCGCAGUCUGGGAACCUCAUUGCUGUUGCUUCAUACGGGCCCCGCUCUUGGGGUGGCGAAUUCCACCAUCUCCUAACUGACAUUGUCGUUUUUCCAGAUUCCGAUCCGUCUGAGCGUGUUCUGGUGUGCUCCCACGGAGGCUGGCCUACUUGGUGCGGCGACUCCACCAUUUACUUCCACCGUCAAGCCGAUGAUGGGUGGUGGAGCAUCUUCAGAGUCGAUUUCGAUUACUCCUCUACUGCUUCACUCGCACCGACUCGUGUCACUCCCCCAGGUGUCCACUGUUUCACUCCCGCCGCAAUGCACAAUAACAGCAACCGAAUCGCGGUUGCCACUAGACGCAAGGGCAACAACUAUCGUCACAUUGAGAUUUUUGACAUUGAUUCCAUGAAAUUCCAUCCGGUGACAGAGCCAGUGAACCCCAAUUUCCACCAUUACAAUCCAUUUGUUUCUCCAGAAUCUACUCUUAUUGGUUAUCAUCGUUUCAGAGGGGAGGGGGCCGCAGCCCCUGGGGACUCAACUAUUCCCCACCUUGAGCCGAUAAUUAGUCCCAUUCAAGGGCUUCGCAUGCUCAGGCUCAACGGUUCUUUCCCAGCCUUCUCACCUUGUGGCAAUCUCAUUGCAUUCAAUCAUGAUUUUGAUCUGAAAGCCGGCCUCAAAAUUGUCAAAUCCGACGGCUCUAAAAGGUGGACCUUGUUCGAGAAUCGCACAACCUUCUAUAACUCGUGGAGCCCCGCCGAUAAAAACGUGAUCUUCACAUCAAUCGGGGGUAUCUUUCAAUCGGCUAGGGCAGCUGUACAGAUUGCUAGGGUAACCUUCGAUCCAUCACAUAUGUCAGACGAUAGAGAUGAAAUCCCCGUUGAGAUCAAGAUUCUCACGAAAGAAGAAACGGGCAACAAUGCAUUCCCUUGUUGCUCGCCUGACGGGAAAUCUGUUGUGUUUCGAUCUGGGCGCUCUGGCCACAAAAACCUCUACAUAAUGGAUGCUGUAAACGGGGAGUUGGAGGGCGGAAUGGUCCGUCAACUGACAGAUGGCAAUUGGAUAGAUACAAUGCCGAGCUGGUCGCCUGAUGGGAAAUUAAUCGCCUUCUCUUCGAACAGGCACAAUCCGGAGAAUGAGGGUGCUUUUGGAAUAUACUUGGUAGAACCGAAUGGGAAAGGUGUACGGAGAGUACAGGUGGCGGUGAUUGAGGAGGAGAGGGAGAGAUUGAACCAUGUGUGCUUCAGUGCCGACGGAGAGUGGCUGCUGUUUACUUCGAAUUUGGGUGGGGUGACUGCGGAGCCAGUGUCUAUACCGAACCAGUUCCAGCCAUAUGGGGACAUGUACUUGGUGAGGUUGGAUGGGAGUGGUUUGCAGAGGCUGACGUGGAAUGGGUACGAGAAUGGGACGCCAGCGUGGCACCCUACACCUGGUCUGAGCUUAUCUGCCUUGUCUUUGGAAGGUAAUAAGGAUGGAGAGGAUAAGUUGAAGGGCCAAUUUGAUGAGCCUUUGUGGAUCCUCUGUGAUCUUUGAACUUCAGUGAUUGCUGUAAUAAUCUUGUACCUGUUUCCUUAUGUAAUAAGUUAAUAACCAAUAACUCAAUGUUUAGUGGAUAUUGAGGUUCAAAUCAUACUAUAAUAUUUUAAAAUA